UCGCAGUACGACGUCGCUGCUGCAGCAGAGGUAUCGCAGUGCCAGUACUAGCAGGCCACGCGGUUGCAGUAGCCAGAGGUGACCGUAAGACCUCCACUGACGCGGCGCCACGUCCAGCCGACUGGCCACUGGGGAGCAAUGGAAGGCUAUUCGGAGGAGAGUGGCGGCGCCGAGGGCCCGCGGCCGGCCACGGGUCAGCACUUCACCUUCGAGGAGGCCGACUUCCCGGCACACAGGGACACUGCAACGGCGUCCCAGGACCGGCCGGAGCCGGAGCACUGGGCACGCAACUCGGACCGACCCAAGACGGCAGCCGGCUCCAGACCGGGCACGACCGGUGCCCUGGCCAGCCGGCCGUCCACGGGCGCCGCGCGGGCCAGCGCCGGUGCGGGCGGAGCGCUCCGCUCGGCAGCGGCAGCCGGCUCCCGGCCCAUGACCAGCGUGUCGCGGCCAGUCUCCGGACUGCAGGAGCAGCCGUCGGGGUGGUCUCGGCCUGUGACUGGUCUCUCAGCCGCGGCCGACACCAGGGUCAUGGGCGACUCUGCACAGUGGCAGGAGACCGGCAGGCCGGGCACGUCGGGUCGCCCGUUCACCGGCGCCUCGGGUCGCCCGUUCACCGGCGCCGCGCCAGUAGCGCCGGUGUCGCGCGCCGCCGUUUCGCGGGCGGGCUCGAUGCGCCCGGUGACGGGCUCCAUGGAGAAGAUUCGCGUCAUGAGCCGCCCCAUCACCCAGCAGGGCCUGUCGGGCAUGAAGACGGGUGGAUCCGGCCGGUCCCGCAUGGUGCAGGACAAAAGCUACUUUAUGGGCGCAUUGCGGACCAGGACGUCGGAGCUGCGUGCAGAGCUGGCCAGGCUGCGCGCUCAGGCGGACGCCUUGAACCAGGAGCAGGCCACCUACACCACCUACGACAGCCGAGUCAAACAGAUGGCCGGCGAGCUGCUCGAUCAUCAGGCCGAGCUGGCCGACUAUAACGUGCUGGUCGAGCUGAUGAACAUGGACUCGGAGCGAGCGCUGGUCGACAGCGAGCUCGACCAGCUCCGGCACGCCAACGGCAACGAGGCGCUCCUCGUCGAAAAACUCUUCCUUAACAGGAAAGAGAAGGAAAAUGAGGUGCAAGAGAUAGAAAACCAGAUAGAACAGGAGCGGCGUCUGGCUGAUACCCUGGUAGACGCCAUGUCUGCCGAGGUGCGCCAGCGCUACUCGGCGCUGCGAGAGCGCAGCGCUCAGCUGCAGGCCGCCGUCGAGGCCACUCAGCACCAGCUGGACCUUCUGACUGCCAGAAAGAGCCAUCUGGAUACGGAGCUGGCAGCCUCACCGCUGAAGCAAGAGGCGGCCACACAUUACGACAAGCUGAGCUACAUGGAGGCCAAGAGAGCCGAGCUGCUGGACGAACAAAACGCCCGCGAGACUCCUGAGCAGGAACGAGAGAGACUGCUCAAACAGGUGAAGCGCGACAAUCAGGAGAUGGGUGCGCUGGAGCGGCGAAUCCACGAGCUCAGAGCCGAAAUCACCAAGUCGGGCGAAGACCUGGAGAUAGCUGAAAAUGAUCUGGAGGACAGCAACUCGGAGCGUAACCUCAAGUACCGCGAGCUGCGGCGCCGAGAGCAGGAGAUGCAGGAGUUCCUGCGCACCUACGAGCAGACUAAAGGCGCCGAGACGCGCGCAGUGGGCGCCGCGCAGGCAGAGGUGGUGCGCACGCUGGAGGGUGUCAGUCGCAGUCUGGCGCACCUACGUCACCUGCCAUCGUACACCUCGAAGGAUCUGAGCGAGCUCCGCGACAGUCUGAGCGUCAAGGAGGGCGAGGCGUCCAAGUCUCGCAGCACGCUCUCCGACCUGGGAACCAAGCACCAGCAGCUGCAGGCCAACCACCAAAAGAUCGAGGCUUUGGAUGAGAAGGUGCGGGAGGAAAUGAAGACGCUGCGAGAGAAAAUGAGCAAGAUGAGGGAGGAAAUGGUCGUUCUAUCUGACCUGCCUGCGCUCAAGCAGCAGCAUGAGCAGAGGACAGCGCGCCUGACCGCAGAGCGCAUGGAGAGCGUUAGCCGCCAGGGCGCCACUCGCCAGCAGCUUAGCGACGCCGAGCGCCAGCAUGCCGCCCUCCAGGGAGAGCUGGACAACAUGGACGCCAACAUCCAGCUGGGUAUCCUGGAGAGACGCCUGGCCUCCAUCGAGCAGAACAACUUCGCGCUUCUGGAGUUCGUCUCUGCCCAGCGAGCAGAGGUCGACUACGGCACUGUGCGUGGUCACGUGAUGCAUACCGUCUACGAGCAUAACAAGCGGCUGAUGGAAGAGACGGCCGCCGGCCGCGCCACCCUCUGAGGCGCCCUACAACUCCGCCACUUCACUGUACUUCCUUCCCGCUCCACCCUAUAUCUCUGCCGCGCCACCCUCUGAGGCGCCCUACAACUCCGCCGCGCCACCCUUCAACUCUGCCGCCCCACCCUAUAUCUCUGCCGCGCCACCCUCUGAGGCGCCCUACAACUCCGCCACUUCACUGUACUUCCUUCCCGCUCCACCCUAUAUCUCUGUCGCGCCACCCUCUGAGGCGCCCUACAACUCCGCCGCGCCACCCUUCAACUCUGCCGCCCCAUCCUAUAUCUCUGCCGCGCCACCCUCUGAGGCGCCCUACAACUCCGCCACUUCACUGUACUUCCUUCCCGCUCCACCCUAUAUCUCUGCCGCGCCACCCUCUGAGGCGCCCUACAACUCCGCCGCGCCACCCUUCAACUCUGCCGCCCCACCCUAUAUCUCUGCCGCGCCACCCUCUGAGGCGCCCUA